GAUGCUAUUUACUUUUUUCUAACCUCAAAUCUCCACCGCUGUUCGUUUGAAUACCUUGUAGGAGAUUUGCACGUGGAGUCCAUGCAACUUGAUUCUACAAAUUACUUCUACAUAUUAGCGCAAUGGAUGCUCACGAUCUUUUCAAGAAACUCGCAGCCGGUGUCAAAUUUGAUACGAGACGCUUUCGACCAGAUGCAGAAAGAUUUCAGCUCGUGAGACCAAGUAAACAUGACAUAAACAGUACGGUGGAGAAAAUAAAGGAGGAAGUAUUAGAGCCUGAUACAGUGGGCAAUGCAAAAAGAAAAUAUAAAGAUGAAGACGAAGAUGUUGACGAAAUAACGUUGCUGAGCGGGCUGUCAGUACCGAAAAACGAAAGUGUUCCAGCUAGGAAACGUAAAAAAAUCGCAACUGCCGACAAGAUGUUAAAGCUGGAACAAGAGAAGAUAAAUCAUCUGAGGAACGUGAAUCGUAUUUCAGUCACAGGCAGUCAUGUACCUAAGUUAAUAUUGGAAUUUAAUGAAUUAAAAACAAACUAUCAAGUGCCAGAAAAUUUGUUGAACAACAUGAAAAACAGUGGAUAUAUGUAUCCGACGCCAAUACAGAUGCAAGCAAUGCCGAUCAUGUUAGAAGGCAGACAGAUUCUGGCUUGUGCUCCGACGGGAUCAGGGAAAACCGCGGCAUUUCUGUUACCAAUCAUUCACAGCUUACGGGGACCACAAAAGAAAGGUUUUCGCGCUGUUAUUCUAAGCCCUACGAGGGAAUUGGCCAAACAGACGUAUAGGGAAUGCCUGAGACUGAGUGACGGCUGUGACUUUAGAAUUCAUAUAAUUAGUAAAGUGAAUCAAGCUCUUACCAAAUAUGGGCCCACAAGCUCGCAAAAGUUUGAUAUUUUAAUCACUACACCAAAGCGAUUGGUCUUCCUUCUAAAUCAAGAUCCUCCAGCCAUUUCAUUGAACAACGUUGAAUGGUUGAUUGUAGACGAAGCAGAUAAACUUUUCGAGGAAGGAAUACGCGGCUUUAGGGAGCAAUUAGAUGAGAUUACGAGAGCUUGCGUUAAUGCAAAUUUACGUCGCGGUAUGUUCAGUGCGACAAACACACCAGCGGUGUCGAAGUGGUGUCGUCGUAACAUGAAGGGUCUUAUAACAGUAACAGUUGGUCAGAGAAAUGCAGCUGCAGAUUUGGUAGAUCAAAAGAUCCUCUUUGUUGGUAGCGAAAGAGGUAAAUUGGUGGAAUUUAGAAACAUUAUUCAAAAGGGUAUAUCACCACCGGUCUUGGUAUUUGUGCAAAGCAAAGAGAGGGCUCAAGAACUUUUCAACGAGCUUAUUUACGACGGGAUUAAUGUGGACGUCAUUCACGCUGAUAGAACAAUGACACAGCGAGACAACACCGUGCGUUGCUUUAGAGAGGGAAAGAUCUGGGUUUUGAUCUGUACAGAAUUGAUGGGCAGAGGUAUAGACUUCAAAGGCGUAAAUCUCGUUAUAAAUUAUGAUUUCCCUCCGUCUGCCAUCUCAUACAUCCACAGAAUAGGUCGUACCGGUCGUGCCGGACACAAGGGACAGGCAAUAACGUUUUUCACUCAACAGGACACAGUGAAUUUACGAAGUAUUGCGGCGGUUAUGCGAGCAUCCGGAUGCGACGUACCGGAUUACAUGCUAGCUAUGAAGAAGCACAGUAAGAAGGAACGACGCAAGCUCGAGCGUACGGCACCCACGCGCGAAAAGAUAUUAACCGUGCCUACAUAUAAACGACAUAAGCGAAAGUCAAGCGUUGGGAAGAAGCCGGAGUUGGAAGUGUAAUAGUGUAAGUACGAUACUCAUGUUUUCACAAUGUGAAAUAAGUGUAACAGGCUGUUUUUAUAAAAAAAGAUUUUGUAUUAUAAAGAUAUUUGCGUAUAAAAGAUUUUAAAAUUAACGUAGAACUGAUUUG